UCACUUGUGAGACUGACAGACAACAACAACAACAAUCCAAAACGAAAACGUGUUAGAAAAUUUUAUUUAUGUUAGCAGAAUUAUUCUACACAAAGUUUACAUUAUAUUUCGCUCAAAAGGUUUUGCUGAGAUAAAAGAAUGCCAAAGGCACCAAAAACAGUGACAGGAAAGUCCAAGAAGGUUGUUCAUCCAAACAGUCGUCAUGCUACAUAUAUUCAAAGGAAGAUUAACCGAGAACAAAGGUUGAUGAAAAAUAAAGCAGAAUCUACAAUCAAGCAAGAACAACUUCAACAGAAACUUUUAUGGUACCAGACAAAUCUUGAUUCACAGAAGUCGAUGUACACAAAACAUGAAUUGGCAGAACUCACCUCCAAGUAUCUAGAGAGAUUUGAUGAAGAGCUUGAGCAAAUAGGAAUUGUCAAUGCGGUGGGAAACAGGCAGGCCAAACAGCAUCAGGCACGUGAAACUGCUAUUAAACUUACAAAGGAAAGAGAAAAUCUCGAGUUUGAUACAAUUGGUAUAGAAGUACCUGACCUUAUAAAUGGGAAAAAUUUGGAAUAUUUCAGGAAUUGGACCGGUGAAAUAAGAUACUUCCCUAAUAUAAAGUUAAGGAAGUCAAAGAGAUCAGACUUGAAAACAUCAGUGGAAGAGCAUAUAGAUGAGAGUGAAAAUACUGAAGAGUUGCCCGAUUAUGUGGACUCGCUUCAAAAUGAGGAUAAUGACAUUGUCAGUACUUCCGAUGAACUACCUGACUAUGUUGAUGCAGACACAAGUUGAAUCAAUGCAAUCUUAUUUGUAGUAAUAUUAAAGGUGAUUAAAAAGA